UUGUGACUUGGCUGGCGUUUGAUUAUUGGUUGAAUUUCGAAGCUGCUCUAAUUUAUUUUCAUACUAAUUUGGCGAAAUUGUAAAAUAAAAUGAAGUUCAAAUUCUUACUUUCCUUCUGUGUUAUUCUUACUUAUUCAAAUACAUAUGCGCAGAAUCGUGGAAAGUUGGAAGAGAAGGUCCAGCAACUAACAGAUUUUACGGCGAAGACUUCAAUAAUACCUUUAAACGUGAAUAGGUUUAAGGACUAUGUGAAAUCACCACCAAGGGACUAUUCGUUUAUAGUCAUGUUCACGGCUAUGGCACCCUCUCGUCGUUGCGCUAUUUGUCAGCACGUAUAUGACGAGUAUUUGUUGGUAGCCAACUCGUUUAGAUACUCUCAAGCUUAUACCAACAAACUGUUCUUUGGUAUGGUAGACUUUGAUGAAGGUUCUGCUAUUUUCCAAAUGUUGAGGUUAAACACUGCCCCUGUGAUAAUGCAUUUCCCAGCGAAGGGUAAGCCAAAACCGGCAGACUCCAUGGACUUUGAGAGAGCUGGUAUUCACGCUGAGGCUAUUGCCAAAUGGAUCAAUGAUAGAACUGAUGUUCAGAUCCGCGUCUUCCGUCCACCAAACUAUUCCGGUGCAGUCGCAUUCACUUUACUUUUCGUGCUCGUUGCUGCAUUCUUAUACCUCCGUCGUAACAACCUAGAGUUUCUAUACAAUAAGCAAAUGUGGGCGGUGUCCGCUCUGUUCUUCUGCUUUGCUAUGGUAUCUGGACAGAUGUGGAACCAGAUAAGAGGUCCACCGUUCUUCCACAAGACCAAAACUGGCCCGGUUUAUAUAAACAGUGGAUCGCACGGACAGUUCGUUUUGGAGAGCUAUAUUGUUGCGGCUUUGAAUGCGGCCGUAGUUGUCGGUAUGAUAUUAAUGAUUGAAGCAGCGGGAGGAGUGAAAGGGACAGAGAUAAAGAGUCCACAAGAGGGAAAGAAACGGCGAUUCCAAUCUGUAGUCGGUCUUGUGCUGUUAUGUGUAUUCUUCUCCUUGCUUCUGUCUAUAUUUAGAUCGAAGACGCAAGGGUAUCCUUACAGCUUCCUGUUCAAAUAAGGUGAACUAUAGGGAGUAUUUUUGAACACUCCAAUAUUUAUUAUUCGUAAUAUUGUGUGCAAUGUAAGAGUUGAAAAUUUGUUUUUAGAAAAUAAAACUAAUUUUAACAGAA